AGCGCUGCUCUGCGAGGAUAUAAGGCCCAAAUUGGACUAAAAAAAACCUGGACUACCGUUUACUGGCCGACCUGUGUGCAUGCGUAAAGACGCACUUGGAGCUGGAUCUCACGGUUCUGCUUUGGAUUCGGGUAUCAGGUUCAGCAUGAACUCCUUGAAUUUCUGCGGGACGUCCGGCGGCGGCGUGUACCCCUUCCACGGAGUUAACUCCAUGCUGGUGGACCUGCGCCACCAGAUGGCGGAGCAGUACCACGCAUACUCUGCAGCAGGUCCCACAGUGCACACACUCACUGUGGCGGAGAGGCUGGCAGAGCUCAUCCUCGAGGCUCGCUAUGGUAACCAGCAGAAGCAGCGCCGCAGCCGCACUGCAUUCACAGUGUCGCAGCUGCAGGCUCUGGAGAAAGCCUUCCAGCAGACGCAGUACCCAGAUGUUGGCAUGAGAGAGAGGCUGGCUGUUUGUAUAAACCUGCCCGAGGCUCGCAUUCAGGUGUGGUUCAAGAACAGGAGGGCAAAGUUUCGUAAAGGUCAACGAUGCUCCCCUCUGUCCAGAGACCAGAGUCUGGAGGAAGCUCCACAUCACAGCAAAGCAGGACAUGAGGACAUCAAGGCUAGAGACAAACAGGACAUCACCUUAUCAUGCGGUGACAGGAGCAUCCCAUCGGCGCCUCCUCCUCCUGAUGUGACCAAAAGCAGGGAUUUAGACUCUGACACCUCACAGUGCCCCCUACAACUUCCCUCUCCUCCGCUUUUCCCCUUCAUGGCAGGAGAGUGUUACAGUCACACACCUCACCAGCCAGUUGUAGGAGUGCUGUCCACUGAGCUCGCCUUCCCUCCGGUGUUCUGGCCCGUCAUACAGCAGCACAGCUCCACCCUCGGGAUUCCUACAUUGUCACUUACAAAAAACUGUAGCGUCUCCCUUCAGACUCCUUGCUCUAGUAAAGCAGUGCAACAUCCGCAUCUGGGGCUGUAAGUGAUGUGGACACCUGAAGCAGUCCUGUGAGAGACAAACCUGAAACCUGCUGAAAGUAUACGUUUAUAUUCUGUGAGUUUCACCUGUCUGCAUAAACGGCUGUAACACUCUGUACUUUCACAGUUCAUUUUUCCUAAUCUGCUCAGCGCUAUAUAGCUUGUUACACUGCUAAGUACUAGGAUUAGGGGUAGACAAUUAAAAAACAUAGCAAAAGCAUUUGGGAAAAGUCAUUUUGUAACUGAGCACUGAAGCAUAGAAAUGUUAAAUAAAAUCACUGGCACCU